CCUCUUCUCCAAUAAACACAUUAUAACAAUAUUAUCUAAUUGUCUGGUUUUCUACACCAUGGCAAAGUUUCAUAGCUUGCAGUUCUUGUGUUUAGCUCUGCUGGUUUCCAUGGCUGCUGCAACUCAGUUCAGAGUUGGAGGUUCAAAGGGUUGGACUGUGCCAACAGAACCGAAUGCAACAUCAUACAAUCACUGGGCUCAAAGUCAUCGGUUCCAAAUCGGCGAUUCUCUAUUGUUUGUCUAUCCACCAGAUCAAGACUCUGUGCUUCUAGUUGAUGAAGCUGCCUACAAAACAUGCAACACUUCGUCGCACAUCGAUAUUUUCGACGACGGAAACACUGUGUUCACCUUGACUCGUUCCAGUACGUUCUACUUCAUCAGUGGAAACCAUGAGAACUGCCUGAAAAAUGAAUCUCUUAUAGUGGUGGUAAUGGCGAGUAGGAGCAAUGCUACAAUUGCCAUUGCACCAAGUCCACCACCUUCUCCUUCUCUUGCUCCUCCUCCACCUCCAGAGACCUUGGUGCACACACCAGCAAGUUCUCCAGCAGUUCAACCUACUUCACCUCCCUCACCAAGUGGAGUCUCUUCUUCUAAGGUGGUGAGUUUCAUGAGCUCAUUUGGAGCUUUUCUUGGAGUGUUUAUUUCCUUUGUUUUGUAAUUUGAGUGAGGAGCACUAAUUAAGUAAUUAUGGUGUUGUGUUGUUUGGUUUGAGUGAUUGAUGGAGUUGUAUUGUUUGAUUUGAGUGAUUGAUUAUUUCUAAUUAUUGUCUUUGAAAGGAUUUUACCAUAAUAAAACUUAAAAUUCUUUAG